UGAAUGACGGGGGGGGGGGGACUGGUGAUGUCAGACGUCAUUAGCAUAUUUCUGACUAUAUGAGAGGCUUGCGCAAAGACCCCAGCACUACUGCUGCAACCCACCGAGCAGAGAAGUCUCAUCUGUGAGCCAGCACAUCGACUAACUGCAACAAUGAGUGACAAGCCUGACAUCUCAGAGGUGACCAGCUUCGACAAGUCCAAGCUGAAGAAGACAGAGACGCAGGAGAAAAACCCCCUGCCAACGAAAGAGACCAUUGAACAGGAGAAGGCAUCAUCAUGAAGCCCCUCCAUUCCCACCAUGCACUGUACACCCCAUUCUCCUCCUGCAUUGCCUUGUUUUCAGUCACUUCUUUUAGCUGUAUAACUCUGUAACCGAAAUUAUGAAUCGACGACUAUAACCAAGCUGCACAGCCAUGUGGACGGAUGAUGCCUUCUUCAGCCUCAUCCCCCUCCGGUUCCCACCUACAUGCAUCUUUCUGUCAGCCUGUAACAGAGGAGGGGGGGACAGGGCCCUGAUUUGGUCCACGUUUCUAACGCCACCUAGACUGCCAACGCUGACCUGCAGGUUGAGGGACGGGGAGCGUGGCCUGCGUUCCAGGAAGCUCAUCAUCGUUGCACCUUCACCACCACCUUCACCACCUAGCAUUCUGUGUGGCUGCUUUUGCGCCAAAGCUGAGGCGUCGUUUUGGGUUUUUAUAUAUAUAUUUUUUCUUGUUCGUCUUCUAAUUUUCGGAAAUGCACAACUUUGUUCAAACUCUGGCCAAAAUGUAAUGCCCAAAAAUUGAUACUGUCACAAUUUUUGUUUUUGUAUGUAUACACAAAUUAAAAUAACGGAUUCCAUCUUGGUCUAGGAGAUGCUCAAAAGGACAUAACUUAUGGUUCAAUUGUAACAUACUUUGGCCCCUUUUGUCUUUGUGGGUGAUUCAGGGUAGCUCUUGUGUUGCAAUCUCUCUGAAUUGUCUCGCUUGAGGAAAUUGUUUGGGUAACUGGUUCUGUGUGUUUGCUUUGAACUGUUAAUCAAACUUCUUAUGGAGUUUUGUAAAUUUCCCAGCGGCCAUGUUACUCUACCACAAACCAUUGCCAGAUAAUGGAAAACCAUGAAAUGUUGUAAUAAAAAGAAUUUGUUACUAAAAUGAA